AAAAAAGGGAUCCUCAAAGCACCGAAGUCAGCACGUUGCAUUUCGAUAUCCACAUCUUCAUUCUCUCGGCUAUCCGAACCUUAUUGUCGCACAGUAAUGUUGGACAGCACGAUAGUCUCAAGCUCUUCACCCGAAGAGGCGCCGAGUCCCUGGAGAUUACACGACCCAGAUGCAGAGCAGCAACAUGUGGGCUCCAUACCUGGGAAAAUAGAACUUCAACGCAUGACUCAAAGAUCAGAAAUCAAAGACCAAGAAGAAGACUGGACCGGCAAAACAAGUACCACUCUCAGAAGAAAACUGCAGAAUCGCUUAAACCAAAGAGCCUCGCGCAAACGCAGAAAACAGCUCUCCACUCAAAAACCACAAGUCUUCAUCCAAGACAUCCCAUCAUCCCUAGACAAGGAACCCGAUCUAGUCGCUCCAAUCAACCCCACCGCCUACAUCCGCGACGUAGCCACCCGCCCCAAACGCAACACCAACGCUCCACCCCCCUGCAUCUACAAUUCCACCCGCCGAAUCAUCACCAGCACUCCAUCCUUCUCCGCAUUCCUCUCCACUCCCCUCCCAGUAGACCAAAAGCUCAUGACGCUCCUGCAUUUCAACCUUGUCCGCGCGCUCCUCCAGAACGUGCAUAUCCUUGGCCUGGACCCGGAUCUCAUGGAAGGGGAUAUCCCAUCGCCGUUCCAGGGGUCGGAGGAGGUAGUUGUGGCGUUGAUGGGGAGGUUGCCUGAGGCGCUUAUGCCGACUAGGUUGCAGCUUAUGGUGCCGCAUCAUCCUGAGGUGGAUGGCUUUCCGUUUCCGGUGUUGAGGGAUAAUUUUAUUGCGGCGGGGGAGUCGUUUGAUACGGAUGAGUUUUGUUUGGAUAUGUUGUACGGUGUUGACUCUGGAGAGGAGUUUGGGGAUCGAGUGGGUAAUUGUAAGGGGAGAAGUAGUGCGGGGAAUGGGAGGACGGGGUUGAUUGUGUGGAGUGAUCCUUGGUUGAGUGGGAGUUGGGAGGUUGAUGAGGGGUUUGCGAGGAAGUAUGAGUGGUUGCUGAGGGGUUGUAAGGAGAUUCAUGACAGUACGAACUUUUGGAGGAGGAGCAGAGGGGAGCCGCCACUGAGGUUUGAGGAGGUGGAUGAGUAGCGAAUCAUACUUUGAAAGGGCCUGAGAAUUAAAUUCAGUGUUUUCAGCUUACUAUGUUAGAGUGCUUACACAAAUCCAUAAGAUACAAUCGUGUGAAGCACCGAAGGAAGUUCAUCUUAACAUCA